AUGGCAAGAACAGCCAGAGGCUGCAGUACCAGCUGCCAGGUGACUUUAGUUCAUUGGCUUUCCUUUUUUUGCACAGAAACUCUGAUGGAUUCUACAACAGCAACAGCUGAGCUCGGUUGGACAGCCCACCCUCCCUCUGGCUGGGAGGAAGUCAGUGGAUACGAUGAGACUAUGAACACGAUAAGGACGUACCAGGUCUGCAAUGUGUUUGAUGCUAGUCAGAACAACUGGCUGCGUACCAAGUAUAUCAAGCGGAAAGGAGCUCAGCGUAUCCAUGUGGAGAUGAAGUUUUCUGUGCGGGACUGUAGCAGUAUUCCCAAUGUCCCAGGCUCUUGUAAAGAGACCUUUAAUCUCUACUAUUAUGAAUCUAAUACAGAUUCCGCAACAAAGAUAACUCCAUACUGGAUGGAGAAUCCCUGGAUGAAAGUUGACACAAUUGCAGCAGAUGAAAGCUUCUCCCAGGUGGAUCUGGGAGGGAGGGUGAUGAAAAUAAACACGGAAGUCCGUAGUUUUGGGCCGGUGUCGAAGAAUGGCUUUUACCUGGCGUUUCAGGAUUAUGGGGGCUGCAUGUCUCUGAUUGCUGUUAGGGUCUUCUACCGAAUGUGUCCACGGGUGAUCAAGAAUGGGGCAAUUUUCCAGAAGACACUGUCUGGAGCUGAGAGCACGUCCCUGGUCGUGGCCCGGGGGAGCUGCAUUCCCAAUGCCGAGGAGGUGGAUGUUCCCAUCAAACUGUACUGUAAUGGAGACGGAGAGUGGAUGGUCCCCAUUGGGCGCUGCAUGUGUAAAGCUGGCUAUGAACCUGUGGAGAAUGGCACUGUGUGCCAAGGUUGUCCAUCAGGAUCAUUUAAACCAAACCAAGGAGAGGAUCCCUGUUUGAGCUGUCCAAUCAACAGCAGAACCACAUCGGAAGGUGCCACAAGCUGUGUUUGCCGGAAUCGAUACUUUCGGACAGACACCGACCCACUUGAUAUGCCAUGCACCACAACACCCUCCGCACCAUUGGCUGUUAUCUCCAGUGUAAAUGAAACAUCCCUGAACUUGGAAUGGUCUGUUCCUCAGGAGACAGGUGGACGCGAAGAUGUGGUUUACAAUGUGAUCUGUAAGAGCUGCAAUUCGGGUGGUGGUGCCUGCACACGAUGUGGGGACAAUGUGCAGUUUGUCCCACGUCAGUUGGGCUUGACUGAGCCUCACGUUUAUAUCAGUGAUCUGCUGGCACACACACAGUAUACCUUUGAGAUCCAGGCUGUGAACGGAGUGUCUGAUCAGAGUCCUUACCCACCUCACUUCGCAUCCAUCAAUAUUACCACCAAUCAAGCUGCUCCAUCCACAGUUUCAUUUAUGCACCAAGUGAGUCGUACAGUGGACAGCGUGACACUGUCCUGGUCUCAGCCUGACCAGCCCAAUGGAGUGAUCCUAGACUACGAGCUCCAGUAUUAUGAGAAGGAUCAAAGUGAACACAACUCCUCAACUGUGAAGAGUCAGACAAACACUGCCACCAUCCGCAGCCUCCGUGCAGGCACCAUCUACGUCUUUCAAGUGCGAGCACGGACAGUGGCCGGCUUUGGCCAAUACAGUGGCAAGAUGUAUUUUCAGACAAUGACAGAAGCUGAAUACCAGACCAGUGUACAAGAGAAACUUCCUCUCAUCAUCGGAUCGGCUGCUGCUGGACUGGUCUUCAUCAUUGCUGUUGUAGUCAUACUCAUCGUUUGCAACAGGAGGCGAGGGUUUGAGCGAGCAGACUUGGAAUACACGGACAAACUACAACAUUAUACGAGUGGCCAUGUGACACCUGGUAUGAAGAUCUAUAUCGAUCCGUUCACCUAUGAAGAUCCCAAUGAGGCUGUAAGAGAAUUUGCCAAAGAGAUUGACAUAUCCACUGUGAAGAUUGAACAGGUCAUUGGCGCAGGUGAAUUUGGAGAGGUGUGCAGUGGGCACCUCAAGUUACCUGGAAAAAGGGAGAUUUUUGUGGCUAUCAAGACCUUAAAAUCUGGUUAUACAGAGAAGCAGAGACGAGACUUCCUGAGUGAAGCAAGCAUCAUGGGACAAUUUGAUCAUCCAAAUGUCAUCCAUCUAGAAGGAGUCGUCACGAAAAGCAGCCCAGUGAUGAUUAUCACAGAGUUCAUGGAGAAUGGGUCACUGGACUCCUUCCUUCGGAUUCUGCUCCUUCUCUGA